GCAUUGUAUUGCCAAACUUAUCAAGAGACUCAAUGGAAUCACUUAUUCACUUCUAGGAGUGCUGAAUCCUUUCUCCUGUUACAAGAUCUUUGAAUGGUUCCCGAUAUACUCAGGUCUAAUGUGAUUUCGACCAAGAAAAAAAUGUGUAUUUAAAAAAAAUCUUGUUUUUCCUUUUUACCAAAAUUGCGGAGAGUAGAGGAAAUUUUCUGAGGUUAUCAAUUAUUUUGAGAAGGGAAAAUUGUUUUAAUGCUGGAAAAAUUAGAAGUUGAAAUCAGGAGAUCUCUUUCUAAACCUGCUAAAUUGGAAGUCCAUGAAAUGUCAAAGGGAGGACAAAAUGAUUGGUUAAUCUCAAUAAUUCAAUUUUCCCUUUCUUAUCAUCCAUACUCUUUCUACCUUUCAGGCAACCCACCAGCCGACAAACAUCUCCUAGUUCUUGUGUUAAAAAAAAUCCUGAAACAGGGGAAUCCUGGUUAGAAAGCGUCUUUUGAAUUACUAUAUUCUCUGUUCGAAGAUAUAUAUCUCUCUGGAAUGGUGGAAUACAUAACGAUGUGGAGAUGGAGCUGUUGGUUAAUUAUAAUCAUGUUAAUAUUCGGAUCGGGUUCAAAGGUGGCAGAAUCUAUGCGGUUCGACAUGCACUCCGGGGAGACCAAAUGCAUAUCCGAGGACGUCAAGGCCGACACCAUGUCCGUGGGAUCUUACAGUAUCGUUGACCCUAUCAAAGGUGAUCCCAACGUCACUGUCAGGGUGACAUCACCCCAUGGGGUAAGUUACCAUUACGGGGAUAAGGUGGAGAAGGGUACAUUUGCUUUCACAGCAUCAGAAAAUGGACCCUACUCUGCAUGCUUUUGGUCACCUAUGCACGAGCCGCCACUCACCACCAUCGUUGAAUUCGAUUGGAGAUCCGGCGUUGAAGCUAGAGAUUGGUCUAAUGUCGCCAAGAAAGGCAACAUUGAAGCUAUGGAGAUUGAGUUGAGGAAGCUGUCGGUUACAGUAAGAAAUGUUCAUGCAGAAAUGUACUACCUUCGCGACAGAGAAGAAGAAAUGCAAGAACUGAACAGGUCGACCAACUCGGAAAUGGCAAUCAUGGGUUUCUUAUCUCUCGUGGUAUGUGUAUCUGUGGCCGGUCUGCAGUCGUGGCAUCUCAGGAAUUACUUUGAGAGGAAGAAGCUUCUCUAGGGUUUGUUAUAUAGCUUUCCCCGUGUAUAUAGUUCUUACAUAUUCACAUUUGUUGGAUCGCGUGUUCCUGGCUUGCAAGUCGCAAUUUCAUGGUGAUCGAUUGAGCUUUAGUCGGUGCAGAGGCAGAGGGGACUCUGCCCCUUAUCCGAAUUGAUAGAUAGAUAGAUAAGAUGGGGAUUAUUGUUCUUCUUAUAGUUAUCACUUAUCACACUUAUUGCUUGUAACGUUCUUCUUCUGAUCAUGUAAUUGUUGAGGAUGUGUACCAUAUUGGUAGAUGUACAUUAUUUGUGCUAAUAGUUAUGCAGCAAAUGAUCAUGUACCAUAUAAACCAGUUCAUACUUC